GCCAUGGUGACGGGGCUGUGCCCAAGGAGGUUGUGAUGGGUUGACAGGUGCGUGACAAUCGGAGCUCUCUGCAAGCAUGUACGCCAAAGGCAAGAGUAGCAACGUGCCGUCCGACAGCCAAGCCAGAGAAAAGUUAGCGCUGUAUGUGUACGAGUACCUGCUGCAUGUAGGAGCUCAGAAGUCAGCACAGACCUUCCUCUCCGAGAUCCGAUGGGAGAAGAAUAUCACGUUAGGGGAACCUCCAGGGUUUCUCCACUCUUGGUGGUGUGUUUUCUGGGACCUUUACUGUGCAGCCCCAGAAAGAAGAGACACAUGUGAUCAUUCCAGUGAGGCCAAAGCCUUCCAUGACUAUAGUGCGGCAGCAGCUCCUAGCCCCGUCCUUGGUAACCUCCCCCCAGGAGAUGGAAUGCCCGUGGGUCCGGUCCCGCCAGGAUUUUUUCAGCCUUUUAUGUCCCCUCGAUACCCGGGAGGACCCAGACCGCCCCUCAGAUUACCCAAUCAGGGGCUUGCUGGUGUGCCAGGAAGUCAGCCCAUGUUACCCAGUGGCAUGGACCCCACAAGACAACAAGGACAUCCAAGUAUGGGCGGGCCAAUGCAGCGCAUGACGGCGCCAAGGGGUAUGGUGCCACUCGGGCCCCAGAGCUAUGGAGGAGGGAUGAGACCACCACUGAAUGCACUAGUUGGGCCUGGAAUGCCUGGCAUCAAUAUGGGGCCAGGAGGUGGAAGACCCUGGCCAAAUCCUCCAAAUUCAAACUCUACUCCUUAUUCUUCUGCAUCUCCAGGAAGUUAUGUGGGACCUCCAGGAGGAGGGGGACCACCUGGCACCCCAAUCAUGCCAAGUCCAGCAGAUUCAACUAACUCUGGUGACAACAUGUACACAAUGAUCAGCACAGGGGCCCCAGGUGGAAGUCGACCAAAUUUCCCCAUGGGUGCAGGAGGUGACGGCCCAUUAGGGGGAAUGGCUGGAAUGGAGCCUCAUCACAUGAAUGGAUCAUUAGGGUCUGGAGACAUGGACAGUCUCCCAAAGAACUCGCCGGGUAAUCUGAGUAUGAGCAACCAGCCAGGCACCCCCAGAGAGGAUGGAGAGAUGGCUGGAAACUUCCUCAACCCUUUUCAGAGUGAAAGUUAUUCUCCAAACAUGACCAUGAGCGUGUGAAGACAAGGCCAGCAGCUUGCUAGCGUGCUACCAACCUUUGAUAAAACACAUCUGAUGUCACGUAAACCUGUGACUCCUCGGCCUUCUCAGCCUCAACCUCCGCGAUGAGGACAGCGACCUAGGCCUUUGUCCCGACAUCACCCCAGCCUCUCCGUUAUUUGUCCCAUUCCAAAAAUAACUACUCGGCCACACUCAUCUAUUCCUCUUCUGCAACUAUGCGACUGUACAAAGGAACAAUUCAAACGCAUGGAGGAAAUAACCGACUGUAUUUUUAUGUGGACCUCUCGUUCCCCAACAGACAGAUGGCCAGCAUCCUAUUUAUUUUGAAGUUCAAAGACAAUCCAGAGGGUUAACUUAACUGUAACUGAUCAACAUGGACGUUAUUUUUCUGUAACUUUCUGAACAAAUAUAUCUCAUAAGAAAAUUGAAAGACAUAUUACAAUCGCAUUACCUUGAGGUUUGUUCAAUUUACUGCAAAUUUUGUGAUGCCUUUUCUAUAUUUGUGUUUGUCCACCACUCACUGUGUACUAAGAAUUAUAGUGUUCUAAUAUAUGUUUUUAAAUUUUGAGUAAAGUCCAGUGUUCAAGAUAAAUAGAAUCAAAUAUUGACUUUUCUUUUAAUAAGUAAUUGUUUUGUUUGAUGUGGCCCUGGUCAUAUGUUCUUUGAACUUUGAUGCCAAAUAAUCUGCAAUAGUCAGUACAAGUUGCAACAUGACUGAAACUGCACAUUUGCAUUCCAGUAGGAUUUUAGUUUUGAGUUCAAAUAUGAGCGUUAAUUAAGAGUUAUGAGACAAUGCAAGAAGAUUUAGCAUUCCAAAAUUCAACUCAUCUGAUCAAACUGUGACAUCAGUGUACACUAAACAAGUGUUGGCACAAAAUAUGGAAUAGUUUCUAGUUCGUUUUUUAAAUGUUUUAUUUAUGGUGUACAAAAGGUCCACGUACCUGUGAGCAUCCUCUAUCCGCCUUCCUAACUGCAAAGUGUACAGCCCACAAAUGUAGCUCCCUGUCUUGUAUGUGUAUUUGAUAUUAUGAUUCAUAUUAUUGAAUGAAAAUUCUAAUCGCUAAUGGGAGAAGUGGAAGGAUGACGAUACAAUGUGACAAUUUAUCAGAGAUAACUUUAUUUGUGGUUCUUUGGUAAGUAUGACGCCAUAGGUGGGAGUACGACUAAGACUAAGCAUUUGUAAAUUGGACCAUGAUUGGUGGCGGUAUGUUGAACUCCAUUUGUGAUGUGUUCACUUCUUUUUUUAUUCUUGUAUUCUGUUUUGUAAAUAUACAGAGAAGUAUUUCAUGGUUUUGAAAAUGCUGGUAUAAAGCUUCUCUUCCCUCAGCCAACAUCUCAAUUUUCUUUUGUCUCUUGUGUGUUGUGAUUUCUUUUAUGUUUUGUGUCCAGGUGUGGAAGAUAACGGCGUAUGGUGGCCUGUUGCCUUCAAGUCCUGCACUUGACAGCACCAAUAAAGCUGCAUGUGGAUUUUAUUAUGCAUGAUGACAUGGUCUUCAAUCCGUUCAAGGGCGUAGGUUUGGUCUCAUAUUGGUAGGGACGAUACAACAGCAUGAGCUGCAUGUACACUUUUUGCUGGGGACAGGACAUUAAUAAGACCAAACCAAUUGGGUGUACGGUAGGGAUGGGAAUCGAAAUCCGAUUCCAAUUCCGAACGGGUUCCUAGUGUUUCGAGGCCUCGACAUCACAAUGAAAAAGCCUUAACGAUGCCUUUAACAAUUACUAAAGACGGCUAUUGCGUCGUGACGUGUCUUGUUGUCCAGACGCAUCAAAUUAGCAUGGCGCCAAGAACCACUCGCUCUAAAGUUUGGCUACACUUCACCGGGAAAGAGGGUGAAAAUUAAAGGCUACGAUGGUUUAGCACCAGCAUUGCAGCCGUAAACAUAACAAUGACAGCACGUAGGUUCAAACUCUCGAAAGUGUGUAUUCACUUCACGGGGAAAAAAAUACAACAACGCGACUUGCAGUUAUUGCAAGGUGGAGAUCGGGAGGGAAUAUAACUGCA